AUGGAUAUAGAGUUCUUCAAUAUUCCGUCUACUGGCCGGAGCUCCGACGAUGUCAGUUUUGCUGACACUGUUUUUGGGUUUUGGGACGAUGUCCAGACCUCACCGGAAAAUUCAUCCGACUCCGGUAACGAUGACGAUGUUGACGGCGAUGAGGAUGACACUUUUUGCACGGUGGAAAAGAAUAAAGCUUUCUGGGAAGAACAAGCCCAACUUCUCCAGGCAACUUUGUGCAAGACUAGCUCACGAGAGAUAAAAGUUCGGGAAGCUACAAAGGAGGCUCUAAGAGAAUUGAACACAUCGGAGAUGCCGUGCAUUUGCCGGCGGCCGGUGGUGGCUAAGAGUUGCCGGAAUUGCUUGCUUAGAGAAAUAUGUAAUCGAUUAUUGAACCUUGGUUACAAUUGUGCCAUUUGCAAAUCUAAAUGGAGGAGUUCAUCGGAAAUUCCAUCAGGGGAGCAUACUUACUUGGAAGUGAAGGAUAAGUCGUCAAACGCUAGAAGAGGGGAAGUAAAAGUGGUAAUUGAAUUGAAUUUUCGAGGCGAAUUCGAAAUGGCAAGGGCUAGUGAAGAAUACAACCAAUUAAUUAGGCGAUUACCCGAAGUAUUUGUUGGAAAAACAGAGAGAUUACGAACAUUGGUUAAGAUUAUGUGCUCAGCUGCUAAAAAAUGCAUGAAGGAGAAGAAAAUGCACUUAGGACCAUGGAGGAAACAUAAAUACAUGCAAGCUAAGUGGUUUGGCACAUGCGAUAAUUCCACAAUGGAAACACUUCCGACAGUGUACUCUACCAAGCCACCAAAAACUAAGGCUUCAAUGCUUACUUGCGAUUUAUUAGAUAACAUUCCCAGCUUGCACUGUACUGCAGUUGAGGUUGUGUGA